CUCGUUCGGUGGCACAUUCGGUGGCGCUCGUCGCAGAAAAGGCAUGCAGAGAAAAUCUAGAAAGUAGUGGCUGAAAAAAAGCAAGAGGCAGCCAGCCCAAGCAGAGGAAAAUUCUGGGGAAAAAUCGAAAAGGAGGCGAUAUUGAAACGGAUGGGAGCGUAUUGUAUUAUCCUCGCUGCAGUAUUAUCCUCGGAUCGAAGCGAAUCGAAUCGAAAUCGAAUUGAACACGGGCUCGGGCCUGUGUGUGUGAGUGCCAGUUCGAGUGUGUGUGAGUGUGCGGAGUACAUAUGUAAUAGGGCCAUGAAGUUUUAUUGAAAAACGAGGCAGAGACAAGGCGAAAAGGCCAUAAGAAUUGGGCCCCUAAACCCCCCGUCGAAAGCCCCGAAAACCCCGACACGCCCCUUUUGCAAAGGAAGAAGUGUAGCUGUGAAAAAUGCCCCAUGCAAAAACUGUGCCCAUGUGGCUCCGAAUGGGAGUCACCCAUUUGGUAACGUGCAGCUGAAAAAAUUCCCAAAUCACAAAUCUGUUGAGCGAAAAUCAAAGAGGGCCGCCGAGUAAAAACCACACAGCUAACCCAUAUAUCCUUUAUAUACACCUCUAUAUAGACGGGCAAAAAAAAGAAAUAAAGAAGAAAAAUACGAAGAAAAUCAUUUGCGGUGACAAAAACAAAACGCUGUGUGCGAAAAUCGGGCCAAAAUGUGCGAGCGUGAGCGUAAAGUGCGUGGGUGUGUGUGAAAGGUGUAAAAAAUGUACAUUCUGUGAAUUGGCCACAUAAAAAAACGAGUAACGAGUGUAACGACAGACGUUAUAUUUAGAGCCGAUUCGUAGUUCUUGUUUUUGUUGCCAUUCCCUCUGUUUGCCACCAAACAAAAAAAAAAAAACGAAACCAAAAACGAAAACGAAAAAAAAAAUACAAGGCAAAAACGGAAGGCCGCAAAAUGCCCAGAGAUCUCGACUCCGGCUCCGAAUCCGAAUCCAAAUCCGAUUCCGUCUCCGCUUCCGACUCCGGCGAUUCCGGCGUUGGCAAUAUUCCCGGACAGCAAAAGCAAAAGCAGAAGCAGAAGCAGCAUCAACAGCAGCAGCAGCAGCAAAAGCAAAAGCAGAAACAUCUGAAGCACCAGCAUCAGCACUUUUACCAGCAUACCACGCGACCACCCACGCUGUGAAUCUCCCCCAUCAGAUCUUCAGCACCUGCCAAUCGCCACUGUAAUUAGACGCAUAUAAUCCACAAAUCAAUAAUAAUCACCAAAUCAGCAAAUUGCUGAUAACGUAAACAAGUGGCAAUAACAUAGAAUAAAUUAAAAGCGGUCCGCAAAGGUUCGAAAGGCCAAAAGUGAAAGCCAAUCCGGAGUGAAGGCAGUGCAAAGUCAACAACUUGUGGGAGUCAAGAGCUCGAGCUCGAGUCCUCCAGUCCCCGAAUCCUGCCGGUGUGUGUGUUUGGUGGUGUUGGUGUGCGCGGUUGUGUGU